GCGAGAGCGUCGUUGACUCCUCCCCCUCCAAGAUGGCGUCCUUGCUGCAAUCGGAGCGGGUUCUCUACCUAGUCCAGGGAGAAAAGAAGGUUCGGGCCCCGCUGUCGCAGCUUUAUUUCUGCCGCUAUUGUAGCGAGCUACGGUCGCUGGAAUGUGUGUCUCACGAGGUGGACUCCCAUUAUUGUCCCAGUUGCUUAGAAAAUAUGCCAUCGGCUGAAGCCAAACUAAAAAAGAAUAGGUGUGCCAACUGCUUUGACUGUCCCGGCUGUAUGCACACUCUCUCUACUCGGGCAACAAGCAUCUCCACACAACUUCCAGAUGACCCUGCCAAGACCACCAUGAAGAAGGCCUACUACCUGGCCUGUGGAUUUUGUCGCUGGACAUCUAGAGAUGUAGGCAUGGCAGACAAAUCUGUGGCUAGUGGUGGUUGGCAGGAACCUGAAAAUCCUCACACGCAGCGGAUGAACAAACUGAUUGAAUAUUACCAGCAGCUUGCUCAGAAAGAGAAGGUUGAGCGAGAUCGCAAGAAACUGGCACGGCGUAGAAACUAUAUGCCUUUGGCUUUUUCGGACAAAUAUGGUCUUGGAACCAGGCUUCAGCGACCACGAGCUGGUGCAACCAUCAGUACCCUUGCUGGACUGUCCCUUAAAGAAGGAGAGGACCAGAAAGAGAUAAAGAUUGAGCCAGCUCAGGCUGUAGACGAAGUGGAGCCUCUACCUGAAGAUUACUAUACAAGACCAGUAAACUUAACAGAGGUGACCACCCUUCAGCAGCGCCUCUUGCAGCCUGACUUCCAGCCAGUCUGUGCUUCACAGCUCUAUCCUCGUCACAAACAUCUUCUGAUCAAACGGUCCCUGCGCUGUCGGAAAUGUGAACACAAUUUGAGCAAGCCAGAAUUUAAUCCAACAUCUAUCAAAUUCAAAAUCCAACUGGUUGCUGUCAAUUAUAUCCCAGAAGUGAGAAUCAUGUCAAUUCCCAACCUUCGCUACAUGAAGGAGAGCCAGGUCCUCCUGACGCUUACGAAUCCAGUGGAAAACCUUACCCACGUGACACUGCUGGAGUGCGAGGAGGGGGACCCGGAUAAUAUCAACAGCACUGCUAAGGUGGUGGUGCCUCCCAAAGAGCUCAUUUUAGCUGGCAAGGAUGCAGCAGCGGAGUAUGAUGAGUUGGCAGAACCCCAGGACUUUCAGGAUGAUCCUGACAUUAUAGCCUUCAGAAAGGCCAACAAAGUGGGUAUUUUCAUCAAAGUGACACCACAACGUGAGGAGGGCGAAGUGACCGUGUGCUUUAAGAUGAAGCAUGAUUUUAAAAACCUGGCAGCCCCCAUCCGUCCCAUUGAAGAAAGUGACCAGGGCACAGAAGUCAUCUGGCUCACCCAGCAUGUGGAACUCAGCUUGGGCCCACUUCUUCCUUAAAGGUGCCACUGGUGGGGCAAAGGACACCAGGAGCCCACGUUAAAAUGUGGAAGCCGCUGCUUCAUUAAGCCUUGUCUGUAACAAUGUACCCAUGCACUACUGAAUCCCCUAGGAGGGUGGGGCCGCUGGCAAGGCCUUAGGAACACAGGCUAACUGCUGUUCUCUCGCUCUCACUUCUGUUAAUACCAGUAAUCUGUCUCCCUCACUGAACCCUGCACGUCGAGUAACAACAGCAUAGUUCCCUCCCAAGACAGGGGAUGGCUGUUCUUUGGAGUGGCAUUAGAUUUACCACCUGAGAAACUCUGACCAUACUAUCUCCCAGUCUGAUCUCAAAAAAGGAUCACAAUCUCACAGAUAAAAUGAUAACAAACCUGCUGUUAAUGAUCCAGCGUCGGUCUCUGUACUGGCUGCUAUCUGCGUUCCGUGUAGCUAUAUAAUCUAGCAGUCUAAACAUACCCCUUCACUUGCUGCCAUGGCUCCCAUCUUGCCGAGGUUUCCAUUGGACAGAAAAAUAGAAUUGUCACAUUGUCUUUAGUUUUGUGGUGUUUGGGAAAACCCGUGAGAUUCUUAAGUCGCUCCCAUUUGCCCUCUUCUGAGUAAAUACAGGAUGCAUAUUUAUCGGGUGCUUUUAAAAUUUCUUUCUCAUUAGAAUAUGGAACUUUUUCCUUUAAGAAUUGGAGAAGCAAGCAAUCACUGUCAUGUCAAGGCAGUGGCGAAUUCCAUUCAUUUUAAAUGUGGCCACAAUAUCCAGGGGUUAACGCUGUCAUCUGGAGGUAGCCCUUCUAUGUCUUACUCCCUCCCUGUCCCCUCUGCUCUGCCUCUUUAACUCAAUAAGUUGUUCUAAAUACUUGGCACCUGGAAAGAGGCCAAAGAAAACUUGGUAGACAAGUUCACUUCUGGAAUGCAGAAAACAUUUUAAAGGUCAGAUUUUUAGCAUGAUCCAAACUAAUGUUCUUUCCAUUGAUUUGAAGGGGGAAAUAGCAGUUAAAAUCUGUUGAAUCCCAAACUGGAUAAUAAGAUAAAGAACCUUUCCCCUUCCUGAGUUUAAGACUUUUAUCAUAUGGUGUGUCGAAUAAGGCCGUUUUGAUUGUAAACUAUAAAAAAGUUCAUCUAGUACCCCAGAAUACGUGCCUGACAGCACAUAUGCUGUUUUCUUUUGGUAUCCUGGAGUUGGCUUGCUAACCUUAAUUUCUGUGACGUUUUCUAAAAUGAGACUUGACCAAGUAGACCACUGUCUGCACCACAUUUUCUAUAAAUGUAUUGUUAGCAAGCAGCCAAUACAUUUUUGGGGAAAAGAGAAAUUUCCUGUUUAUCCUGGUUUUGUUUUUAAGUUCAAGCCUUUAGUUUAAAAAAAAUUAAGAUGUGUAGUAAUCUAGAAUACAGACAGGACGUAGUAACUUACUAGCUCCCUCUGGAAAAUAAAAAUAUUUAGGAAGCCUUUGAAAGACACUAAAUUGUACUUGAAAGGUCAAGCUGACUUUAUGAAACAGUGCUCCACAGAGUAAUAUAUAUGCUGCAAUAUAAGAAAAAAAGUACACAUAUCUCUAAUAUUAUGACAAUAAUAAGUAAAAUUUAGCCUCUUAGGAGUUGUGGCAGGGGGUUGUGUAAUGACAAAUUUGCAGACUAGAGAAAUAGUUUAAUUUUUUGUGACCCCACAGAGUGUCGGUUUUUAUUUCACUACUUGCUAGAGCCUACUCUGAAGCCAUUGCUCCCCAUUUGCCAGUGGAGGACCCGGAUUUCAAAGGAGAGAAUGGCUUCCUGUGUUUACACGUUUGCAGGCCACACACACUUGUAUAUUGUGCGUUUACGGCAUGUAGCUAGUAUUUAUUCCCCAAAGUAAUAAUGUUGAAGUAAUGGGUCUCAUCACCCCCAUGUGACACAGAAACACAAAAAUACUUUUGAUCAUCGAAUUUUUUUUUUCUUCAGAAGCCAAAUUAACUUGAAGAAAUAACAGAGCCAUUGUUUUAAUGUUUCCUCAAGAUAGUUUUCAGUGCAAUCCAGUAUUCUGUGUAUUAGUAGAAAUGGUUCAACACCUACAGGUGGUGAAUUUGGAAUUUUAUUUGUUGCAUUUUUAUAUUAGAUCAGGUGCAAGAUGGUCAAUGCAUAGGCAGUGUGCACCACUGCAGGCGAGUGAGAUGUCAGCACUAGAAACUACAGUUUUGGAAACAUAAAGCUAAGUUAAUUUGUAUUUGUGGUUUGAUUAACCCACCGAGGUUUCUUUUGUUCAAAGUGCUUAUAGGUGUAAUGAGCUAAAUAAAUGUCACUCAUACUUGUGAAGAAACAUCCUUUUUGGUCCCUUUUGGGAAUGAGAGGCUCUCCUUGAUCUUUAUGAAUUUACAGGUUCCUGUUUUGCCUUCUAGCUUAACUUAAUGUAGUGAAAUAAAGCAGAUGAAGCUUGAGUGUGUCUUUCAUUUGCUUUCAUGAGGACUGAAUGGAAUAGUAUGGCUC